AGAAAAUCGUUUUAGUUGGAUUCAGGUGAGCUUCAAUGUCCAAAAAUCCCAUUAUUAAGUAUACCAUACAUUACGGAAUACACAACAAACACGCGAAACCACCAGAGAUUACAGUAGUAUGAUAAUCUGAUGAAUGACGUAAUUAACAAAAGAAAAAAAGACCAAAUGUGGAUGCAUCUGAUUUAGCAGCUGUGCGCAACGUUUUGUUUUAUUUUUCGAAUCAAAGCUACAAAAACAGUUAUAUUUAGUAUCUGUUGAUAAUCGAUGAAUCAUUGCUGCCACUGUCUGUGCCGCAUCAUUGUAUCGUUUGUAAUUCUGUCUUGAACAUUUUGUAUGUGAGGAAUUAUCCACCCAUCAAAAGGAUGUGAACAUUGGGUGGAAGCCAGAAACGCGACACAGGACCGAAACAAAGAGCUUUAUCCCAACAAAUGGAAACGCCUUUAACCCCACCCCCUUAAUGAAGAACGUGGCCGCCAUUGGCCAGAUCAUGAGAAAGCACGUCUGCUAUUGGCUGCGGGCGUUGAAUCGUUGACUGUCUGGUGUUCGGUUUGGGAGUAGGAGCGCCUUUUGACAGCGGACUGUUCCGAGCCAAACGUUUCAACUGCAAUCAAUUUCUGGAUUUGACGCGUGGGAGACGAGAGUGUAUGAAGGAGGGCAAGAUGAAUGUGGAGGCUCUGAGUAGAGCAGAGCUGCUGACUCUCUUCAGUAUCUUGGAGGGAGAGCUGGAGGCCCAGGAGGUGGUCAUUCAUGCCUUUAGGGCUCAACACAAAGAUGCUUUCAUCCAAGAGCGUUAUGGCCAGUAUGACCUCAGCGAUCCAUUUCUGGCCUUGCAACGGGACAGCAAAGCAGCAGAGAACCAAAACACACUCGCCCAGACUCAUGCAAGCCUGCAGGGGCAAGGAGUGGGCCCCAACCCUCUGGCUGUACUGAAACUUGUCAUGGCCCAUUGCAAGAGAAUGCAGGAAAGGAUGAUGAGACAAUUGGCAGCAACUGAGAGCAGACACAGAAGGAUGAUCGCUGAUCUAGCGGAAGAAAAACUGCGGCAUGCCAAUGAAUCUGCACAGAAUGACAAUUUCUCCUUAAUACUGCAAACAGAAAGAGAUGAACUGUUGCAACAGCUUGAAAUUGAGCGUGCAACAGUGCAGCGACUGGAGAGAGAACAGGAUCAGACCGCGAGCCAGGCAGAGGAGUCGCUGAGCCAGCAGCAGCAGCUUUCAUCCACUCUCAGCCUGGAGCUCCAGAAAGCCAGAAGUCGAGCAGAGGAAGAGUCACAGAAGGUCUUAGCGCUCCGUACUUUGCUCCAAGAGGAGACGGGAGUGGUGGAAAAGCUACAGGGGCUGCUCAAUGAGGAAAAAAGAAGGGCUGCUGAACUUGAGGAUCAGUCUAAGAGGAAACUUGCUGAUUUUACCACUGAGCAUGAGCAACUGAAAACCAGGCUUAUAAAGGAAGAGGAAAGGAGUAAGGACCUGAGGAGACAACUUGAACAGCUGAAAAAGCGAUUGGCUGAAAGCACUGAGUCCAAACAGGGGACAACAGAGGUAGUGACGGUGGUAAAAGAGUCACCCUCUAAGAUAAUAGCCAUGUCCACCUCCGUUCAGACCGAACCUGAUGGAAAAGUAAUUGUCCCUGGAAAAACGGUCUCUGUGUUAAAGGUCAACGGCCAUCAUAAUCUCAAAGAGACGGAGGCAACUCAGGAUGUGAGAGGAACAGAAAACACAUUGGUGCCUGAAAACGAGGCAGGAGCAAGCUUACAUUCUCCUCUACAUCCUCAGACUGUACCUUACUCUCCAUCCAGUACCGCCUCCUCUUCCCUCUCCUCUUCCCCCAUUUCUUCACCAGUUUUGGUCAAACAUUUCAACAGCCCUGGUUUCCAUCAGUCCUCCUACCAGGCUGGAGUCAAUCAACGGUUCCAAGCUGCGAGACACAAGUUUCAAACCCAGGCGGAGCUGGAGCAGCAACAGCACGGUGGCCCUCUUUCCCCCAGGGAGCUCUCACCCACCACCGCCUCCAACCCUCCCCCACCAGAGCACAGUGCAGCCAAGCAGCUAGCCCGCAACACUGUCACACAGGUGCUGUCCCGGUUCACCAGCCAGCAGGCUGGUGUCAAGCUGGUACCAAUGAGCAGCUCUCCAUUUGGUACAGACUACCGGAAUGUAGCUGCAUCGCCCCCCGGGGGGAGGUCACCUUCUGGGUCGCUAUCUCCAGGUAUCCGUUCCCCUCUCCCCCCUCGAUCAGAGAGGACUCACCCUCCCCCAAUCCCUCCCAAGAAGCCAGGGAUGAGUCCGACUCCUGGCUCCCCAAGUCAUUCUGCCCGAACCAGCCUGUUCCCUGAACUUACAGGGAACUUCAGCAGCGGACAAGAAGGAGCUACAGAACCUGACCUGGUUUUAUCUUCUAGUAGUUAAUGCCUGCAUCAUGCUGAUGAACCCUUUAAAAUGCACACAAUUUCUACUUCCCACACUACCUGAGUUGUGUAAAAUCCAUCAACAUUUUGCACAGCUGCCUCUUUGGAGGACUGCAAAGACAGGCAGAUGCAUAAAGUCAACAGAAUUCAAGCGAGCUAGCAUUGGUAAGUUUAGACAAGAAUGGAUGGCAGUGGCACUGGCUAUAAAUUGGCAUUCGAUGGCAUUCUACAGAUGAUAAAGUAAGACCACAAAUGACUACUGCCAGCAACACAUUCUACCUGCGGGGUAGUAAUGGGAAAAUGAAGCUUCAUGAAGCACCUGAUUAUUUUUUACUCCUCCAGAUGGUGUUCUUAGUUUAAAGAUAAAGGCUAUUGCAAAGGAAAUGUCUUAUAUUUCCACUGCAUCUUUAAAGCAAGCGUGCCAUCUAUAGGAGUCGAAAAUUAUCCUAAGUGAUAAUCACUACUAGAGUGACCUUCUCCCUGUUCACAUCAUAGCAAUCCACUACCUCACUGCAGCUGUAAACUAUAAGUAAGCUCUGUGACUGAUGAGAAGGUACCCGGGUAGACCGCUCGCCCUCUCUGAUGUUGUAUUUGAUUGGCGUCACCGCACAAGAGUCAUGCGGAAAGCAGUGCAGAUAAGACUUGGGAUGUGUUGAACCUGAAGAAACUGGAGACUGACUAACUUAAAAAGGGUCAUGGCACUAUCCCCCGAAUGUCAACACUGUCGCAAACAAGACACAAUGAGCGAAAAAUACUUGAAGAAAAACUGUUUUACCUGUCGAUGGGACAAAGAUAGAAAAAGUGGUUCUUUGAAUGCAAGUUGUUGCCACCAAUCCAUGAAAAAAAAUAUUUAAAGAUUGUUUCAAAGAAUAGUACUGUACACUGUAAAUCAAAAGCAGUCUAGUAAAUGACUGUGCAGUACACUGAGACUACUGUGCAGUCCUGGGGAAAAAAUGUUUAUUCAGGAGACUAACAUGAACCAAAUAGAAAACAGAUGUGUCAUGUUGAUUCCUGCAAUUAUUGCAGCCAUUUGUAAGUCAAGCUUGUUUUUUUUUUUUUGUAGAUUUGUCCUCUUUUAAUAUGUAAAUUUGCAACAUUGACUUGAUUUACCUUUCCAAACUAGUAGUGUGCAAGAUCCUGCGUGGGCUGAGAGUCAUUCAUGAUCACCCUCACACAACUCAAAAAGACGAUCACAAAUCCAACCGAAUGAAUUAGGAAUCAGACCAAUUUAUCAGGUUACAUAAUUGAAGGUUUUAACCAAUCAUACUGAAAAAUAUCAAUAAUGUACAAUUUGGUGCUCACUGUGUACAA